AUGAUGGCCGUGAGCCAGUGGACGCUGCGCAUCCCGGGCCGGCCCGACCUGCCCGGCGGCUGCACGGCGGCGCAGCUCAUGGCCUUCGGCACGCGGCGGCGCGACAAGGUGCACUGGCUGCUGGCGCAGUCCGAGGAGGAGGUCAGGCGUGGGCUGCCGCCGCCGCCGCAAGCGCCGAAGCCGCCCGACGAGAAGGUGUCGUCCCCGAAGCCCAUCGACCCGAUCAACCCGCGCCUGCCUCCCGUGCCGUUCUACCCCGCCAUGCCGGGCGAGGUGCCGCCCCCGUACAACGGGCACGUGACGCCGGCGGCCGGCGGCGGCGGCGGCGGCGGCGGCGUCUUCCCGCAGAACGGGUUCGCGCGCUUCCCGGCCCAGCCGCUGCCGCCCCCAGUCGGCGCGACCAUCCUGGUGCGCGACCGCACCUCCACCGGCGGCGACUUCGCGGCGGGGGUGCUGAUGGGCGCCGCCGUCAGCGGCUGGGGCCACGGCUGGGGGUGGAGCGGUGGCGGCGGCGGGGGCGGCGGGGGCGGCGGCCUGUGCCACCAGCACGACGUCGUCGACAACCACUGCGACGUGGGCGCGACCGUCAUCAACCAGCACGACGUCACCUACGUCAACGGCGACUACUACGGCGACCUGGGCUUCGACGACGGCGACUACGGCAUGGACUGCGGCGGGGACUUCGGCUUCUAG